GAACGCAGUUCAUUUCGUGCAGAUGCUCUGCUGUUCUGUGACCAACUAUAAGCUGCUUUGUGGAAAUUGAAAACUGUAUACAUAACGAAAAUGGACAGUAUUACCAGUUACAACGUAACUCAGAUGAAUGGAGACACGAAACAGGAGAAAUGUGACGAUGUUCUGUCAACGUCAAGUACACAGAAGUUUUGUGGAGGAUGUCGCAAGAAACUCCGGAGUUUGUUACCAGUCAAUUAUAAAACAGAAAUUGUAGAGCUCUUAAAACUGGCUGGACCAGUGUUUAUCUCUCAGCUGAUGAUCUUUCUGAUCAGCUUUGUCAGCACUGUGUUUUGUGGACACUUGGGGAAAACUGAAUUAGCCGGUGUGGCUCUGGCUAUUGCUGUUAUCAAUGUGACGGGCAUCUCCAUCGGCUCUGGACUGGCGUCUGCAUGCGAUACGCUCAUCUCUCAGACGUUUGGCAGUAAUAAUCUGAAGCGGGUGGGUGUGAUACUGCAGAGAGGGAUUCUCAUCCUCCUGCUGGCCUGUUUCCCCUGCUGGGCGCUGCUCAUCAACACAGAGCCCAUCCUGCUGGCUGUCCGACAGAGUCCCAAUGUGGCCAGUCUGUCACAGCUGUAUGUGAAAAUUUUCAUGCCUGCUCUGCCUGCUGCUUUUAUGUAUCAGCUGCAAGGACGGUAUCUUCAAAAUCAGGGUAUUAUCUGGCCUCAGGUGAUCACAGGAGCCGCAGGAAACAUCCUCAAUGCUUUAAUAAACUACGUCUUCCUUCAUCUGCUUGAACUUGGUGUGGCAGGAUCUGCUGCAGCAAACACCAUUUCCCAGUAUUCCUUGGCUGUGUUUCUUUAUGUAUACAUCCGCUGGAAAAACCUGCAUAAAGCCACCUGGGAUGGCUGGUCUCGUGACUGUCUGCAAGAAUGGGGUGCCUUCAUCCGUUUGGCUCUUCCCAGCAUGCUCAUGCUUUGUGUGGAGUGGUGGACGUAUGAGAUUGGUGGAUUCCUGGCAGGGCUCAUCAGUGAGACGGAGCUGGGAGCCCAGUCAGUUGUGUAUGAACUGGCCACCAUUGCAUAUAUGUUUCCUCUGGGAUUUGCGGUGGCCGCCAGUGUGAGGGUGGGAAAUGCUCUUGGAGCUGGAAACACAGAACGAGCCAAACUGUCUGCCAAAGUAGCUUUAGUCUGUGGAGUACUUGUUUCCUGUGUGGUUGCCACCUUAAUCGGAUGUACCAAAGAUGUUAUUGCAUACAUUUUUACCACAGAGGAGGAAAUAGUGAGCAGAGUUUCACAGGUCAUGAUCAUGUAUGGCUUCUUUCAUCUGUUUGAUGCCAUAGCGGGCAUUACCGGUGGCAUUGUCAGAGGUGCCGGAAAACAGCUGCUUGGUGCUCUCUGUAACAUUGUGGGAUAUUAUUUUGUGGGAUUCCCGACUGGAGUAUCUCUGAUGUUUGCGCUCAGCAUGGGAAUAAUUGGCCUCUGGAUUGGCUUUUUCGGUUGUGUCUUCCUACAGUCUUUGUUCUUCAUCAUCCUCAUUUACAAACUGGACUGGAAAAAAGCAACUCAAGAAGCUUUGAUCAGAGCGGGUGUUCAACUCACUGAGACCAAAGAUGAAUCCUUUGGUUUGGAAAAUAAGGGCUGCACUGAAGAAGCAGCAAAGGAGUCUCAGAUCACUGAAGAAGGCCUGACAGAUGCAAACACAGACCUGGAAGGACUUAGUAAAGGAGGGGAAGGAAUAUCUGAGGCUGGUGCAAAGACCACAGUUGGGGCAGUUUUGACCACCAAACAGCUCAUUGUUCGUAGAGGACUUGCAGUUUUGUUAAUGGUGCUUAUAUUAGCUGGAGGAAUUGUGUUAAAUGAGAUGCUUGUUAGAUAUCUUAGAUGAGCAUAUUAAUACAGGGCUUUAACUGCAAUGCAAUUUUUAAACAAUCCACCAAAGCAGAUUUAAUAUUUUGAUAGGUUAAAAAUGUUUUAUUUAUUUUUCUAUUUAUUUUUAAUUCCAUGCAGCCUUUUAAGCUCUUAUAUCUGUUGUGUUAAUUAUAUCAUGGUACUCGCUUUGUGAAAGUUGUGAAACUUUCCGGGAAUAGUUUUUUUUUAUGUAUGUGUGUAUAUGUGUGUGUGUGUGUGUGUGUGUGUGUGUGUGUGUGUGUGUGUG